AUGAAAGGUGGGGUCUCCGCGACCGUCCGGGCGGGGUGCAAGGCGAAUCGGAUGUACCGAAAGAGUUGUGGUGCGGAUGGGGUGGGGGAAGGGGGGGAAUGUGAUGACAGACGGAGAAGUUAA